AUGGAUAACAGUCAUCAUAAACAAGCUAAUAUCACCAGGCCUAAAUGUAAUGCGAAAAUUAAACGAGCUGGGCCUUAUUUAUUAGGACCUCGUGUUGGUAAUUCACCUGUACGUAGUAUUGUUCAAUGUUUAGCCAAGUUAGAAGGGACUGAUCAAUUUUAUACUAUGAAAAUAUUAACAUUGAAAGAUCUCACUGAAGAGAAACAAGACGAUAUCCAGGGUAAAAUGUUAAUGCAUACCGAGUUUUCCUUGUUGUCAUUACUUCAAGGUGAACCUGGAGUUGUUCAAAUGCAUCGUUUCUUUCAAGAUGAAGUUUAUGAACAGCCUACAGUACCUUCAUCGCCACCACCGCCAUCGCCAGCCAACGAUCGAAAACACGAUAAUGUCAAACAACUUCCAAAACGUAAACGUUUAUGCAUGGCUUUAGACUGUUUAUAUCCACACGAUUACAAUCAUAGUUCCGGCGAUUUAAUCAACUGUCAGCACUAUGUUAUAAGAGAGAAGAGACUAUCGGAAAUGGAAGCAAUCAUGAUAUUUACCGACAUCAUGAAAGUGGUUGAAAAUUUACACAAGAAAAACAUCGUUCACCGUGACUUAAAACUAGGCAAUAUGGUCUUAAAUAAAAGAACUAGACGUGUUACAAUUACCAACUUUUGCCUUGGCAAACAUUUAUUAAGUGAUGAUGAAUUAUUGACGGAUCAGCGAGGCAGUCCAGCAUACAUCAGCCCAGAUGUUUUAAGUGGUACCCCUUAUGCUGGUAAAGCUAGCGAUAUUUGGGCUCUUGGUGUCGUUCUCUUUACCAUGCUGUACGGUCAAUUUCCAUUUUAUGAUAAUAUGCCUCACGAACUCUUCAGAAAAAUUAAAGCUGCGGAGUACCUGCUGCCUGAUGACCAUAGAGUUUCUCCUGCCGUAAAAUGUAUUAUUAAGAAAAUCUUAGUCUUGAACCCUAAGAAGAGGCCCACUGCAUCUGACCUACUUCGACAUUCCUAUAGUUUACUAUAUACCUGGUAA